UCAAACCGGUUUCACUCAUGAGGAAGUGAAACUCAGACAGUCGUUGUGACUGAGAGGUGAAAUGGCGCAGAAAGGAGUUCAGCUGGACCGGGAAACUUUCUCUUGUUCCAUCUGUCUGGAUCUACUGAAGGAUCCGGUGGCUAUAACAUGUGGACACAACUACUGUAUGAAGUGUAUUAAAACACACUGGGAUGGAGAGGAUCAGAAACUGGUCUACAGCUGCCCUCAGUGCAGGAAGGCCUUCACAACGAGGCCCAAACUGGAGAAAAACACCAUGUUAGCAGAUUUAGUGGAUGAGAUGAAGAAGACUGGCCUCCAAGCUGCUCCUGCUGAUCUCUGCUAUGCUGGACCUGGAGAUGUGGCCUGUGAUGUCUGCACUGGGAGAAAACUGAAAGCCUUCAAGUCCUGUCUGCAGUGUCUGGCCUCUUACUGUGAGAAACACCUCCAGCCUCAUUAUGAAUCACCUCCAUUAAAGAAACACAAGCUGGUGGAGCCCUCCGAGAAGCUGCAGGAGAACAUCUGCUCUCAGCACGAUGAGGUGAUGAAGAUGUUCUGCCGUACUGAUCAGAAGUCUAUCUGUUAUCUCUGCUCUGUGGACCAACAUAAAGGCCACGACACGGUCUCAGCUGCAGCAGAACGGACGGAGAAGCAGAAAGAGCUGGAGGUGAGUCGACAAAACAUCCAGCAGAGAAUCCAGGACAGAGAGAAAGAUGUGAAGCUGCUUCAACAGGAGCUGGAGGCCAUCAAUCUCUCUGCUGAUAAAGCAGUGGAGGACAGUGAGAAGAUGUUCACUGAGCUGAUCCGUCUCAUGCAGAAAAGAAGCUCUGAGGUGAAGCGGCAGGUCAGAUCCCAGCAGGAAACUGAAGUGAGUGGAGUCAAAGAGGUGGAGGAGAAGCUGCAGCAGGAGAUCAGAGAGCUGAAGAGGAAAGACGCUGAACUGAAGAAGCUCUCAAACACAGAGGACCACAACCAGUUUCUCCACAGCUACCCCUCACUGUCAGCACUCAGCCCGUCUACAUCCAGCAUCCAGAUCCGUCCUCGCCGCCGCUUUGACCACGUGACAGCGGCCGUGUCACGAGUCAGAGACAAACUGCAGGACGUCCUGAGAGACAAAUGGACAGACGUCUCACUGACUGAAGUGGAUGUUUUACUGUCAGAUUCACCAGCAGAGCCCAGAACCAGAGCUGAGUUCUUAAAAUAUUCAUGUGAGAUCACACUGGAUCCAAACACAGCAAGCACACUGCUGUUAUUAUCUGAGGGGAACAGAAAAGCAACAUGCAUGAGUAAUCAUCAGUCCUAUCCAAGUCACCCAGACAGAUUCACUGGAUGGUCUCAGGUCCUGAGUAGAGAGAGUCUGACUGGACGAUGUUACUGGGAGGUGGAGUGGAGAGGGGGAGGAGUUGAUGUAGCAGCUUCAUACAAGAACAUCAGCAGAGGGGAGUAUGACUCUGGAUUUGGACGCAAUGACAAGUCUUGGUCUUUAGAAUGUCACAACAAAAAAAAUACAUUUUGGUACAACAAGAUCGAAACUCCCGUCUCAGGUCCUCGGUCCUCCAGAGUGGGAGUGUUCCUGGACCACAGAGGAGAAGAUGAUCUGCAGCAUCCUGCUCCUCCUCAGCCUGACCUCCUGUCUCUCUGGUUAGUUUACUCCUUCACUUUAUUAUCCACAAAGAAGGAGAAAGUCUGUCUGCUCCUCACUUCCCCUCUCUGUCUCCUCAGCAGGAACAUUUGUAGUGAAUGUGACUCAGAGCUCCUAUCAGGCAGAGGAGAACCAGAACAUCACGCUGGAGUGGACCUUCACCACCACACCUGAAGCUUCUCUCCAACGCUUUUACAUCACCUGCUGGCUGUUCCAUGGACUCAGAUCUCCAGUCCUGUUUGAUCUGUUUAAAGGUGUUGAGCUCCCAGAGGCUCAGGAUCAACAGUUUGCAGGACGAUUCCACUUUGAUAAAGACGUCCUCAGAGAAGGACGACUCAGAUUUAAUGUGUCCAGACUCAAUAUCAGUGACUCUGGACGUUACCGGUGUGAAGUGAAAACUGGUCUUGGUCGGAAUUCUGCCGACUUGCAGCUCAACGUCACUGCAACGAGGGAUCGGCUUCAAGCUGAGACACCAAACACACCAAGUCAGGGAGCAGAUCCUCCUCCAGCAGGAAGUGGACCACAACCAGAGAGUCCAGCAAUGAUCAUCCUCUACUGUGGACUGUCAGCAGCAGCUCUGUUGAGUCUUUGUUUCUGAUACUUUCUGAGUAAAAAACAAGAUUUCUGCUUCAGAGGUGGAUUUGGUAAUAAUCAGACGAAUCAGACAUUGACCACCACUGCGCUAUAACAUUCAGACUACAUUUUAAAUGUUCAUUUAAUGUGCGAUAAUCUCUGUGCAAUGCUCCUUAACCAACUGCUGACUCUGUCUACAUUGUUUAUGUUGUUCCUAACUUAUAAAGGAAAUCUUAAUGUUAACAUUGACUGAAAGUGUCACUAUGUAUUUUGAACAGUGGUGGGCCGUCAGGGCCAGCAAGGCCUUCUCUCUGGCCUAACAUAACCAGAAAUCAUGAUCAUAAUUAUGAUAAAGGUUAAUUCAAUUGUUAAUUUUCUUUCCCUAAAUAUCUAAAAGUAUUCAUAUUCUCCUCAUGUCAUAUUAUGCUCCUUCCAGUGCUGUUGUUUUUAGGUUAGAGUUUUUAUCCAAUCAGAAUUCAGCUAGCUUAUGUUGCCAGGCUGUAUGAAAUCUGCCCGGGCCUUCAGAAUCAACAAUGCGGGCGUCUGUGCACUGUAAGUGAACGGGCAAAUACAGUUGAUAGAUAGUUGCGAUAGCCAAUCAGAUCACGAGUUGUGUCAGUAAGGCCCUCUAGCUGGCCUUACGUUGAACGUGACAUUUACGCGUCCUGUGAUUGGAUAUAAUAUAUAUAUAUAUAUAAUAAUAUGGAUACUUACUAGUUUGAGCCACGGCAGUGCUAUGCAGAUCAACAGAGUCACACCCGGCCGGGACUGUUAACGGUAUGUAAAUAAUCUGGCGCAUUGGCGCAGCUAGAAAGUCGUGAUACGUCACGUUUUGACAAGAAAAAGUUUUUUCACAAAGAGACUUGUUUAUUGUGUCGCUGUCGCCAAAGUAUGGCCGUCUUGUGAGUGUCUUUCUGAUAUUAAACUGCGAUUUUGCAAUGUAUUGUACAAUCUUGUUAAAGCUUGCAUAUUCUUUGUGGACUCAUUUAAUAAAACUUUUUGGAAAGAUAAUUUUAAAGACCCUUUUAUUUUUAAGUUUUGACAGUAGCAUAUCAGAUAUGGUUUAAUUGCUAAUGCUGUAUUGUUGAUUUUUAAAAUGCGCCGGAUAAUAGCCCAUUUUGUACACAACUGAGGUGAUGCAAUGCCUAGUAGUGCUUCAGUGUGUUUCUAACUACUCUCCAGUCCUGGUGUUAUAAAUGCUGGCAUAAUGAAAGGUAUUUAUUGACUAAGUUGGACAUCACUGAAGGCCUAAGUGUGAAAUGCACCGCCCGCCACUGAUUUUGAACAUUAGACAUUUAACACUGAUUUCUCUGUAAACCUGCUGAUUGGUUUACGACUCAUCUGCCUCAACACGUCAGAUAGAGAUAAAAC